GCCAAGGCCCUGCCCCCUUCCGUAGGACGAGUCAUUUCCGUCCGCCGAGAAACAGAGAAAGAAGCCGGUGGAGUUGCGGGCAGAGCGCCUCGGGCCGGACUUCCCUGGUCGCAAGUGGCAGGCCGGCGCUAGGGAUGGCCGAGGUGGAGCCCCAGGGCCGCCUGUGGCUGGAGAGCCCCCCUGGGAGUGCGCCCCCCAUCUUCCUGCCCUCGGACGGGCAAGCCCUGGUCCUCGGCCGGGGACCCUUGACCCGGGUUACCGACCGGAAGUGCUCCAGAAACCAAGUGGAGCUGGUCGCAGACCCUGGGACUAAGACCGUGGCCGUGAAACAGCUGGGUAUUAACCCUUCAACUGCUGGGACCCAGGAGCUGAGUCCGGGGGCAGAAGGCUCUCUGAGGGUGGGGGACACACUGUAUUUGGUCAACGGCCUCCACCCGCUAACCCUGCGCUGGGAAGAGGCCCGCACGUCUGAAUGCCAGCAAGACACUCCACCUGGCACCCCUCCGGUGGCCCCAGACGCUUCAGGGGACGUUGAACCACCGAAGAAGAAGCGGAUGCGGAAGUCAUCCUCCUCAUCCUCCGGCUGGGAGAAUUUUGAGAAGCUGCUAGUGUUUACAGCACCUGGGGUGAAGCCCCGGGGCAAGGUGGCCGCCUUUGAUCUGGAUGGGACCCUCAUCACCACCCGCUCUGGGAAGGUCUUUCCCACUGGCCCCAGUGACUGGAGGAUCUUGUACCUAGAGAUUCCCCGUAAGCUCCGGGAACUGGAUGCGGAAGGCUACAAGCUGGUGAUCUUCACCAACCAGAUGGGCAUCGGGCGCGGGAAGCUGCCGGCAGAGGAGUUCAAGGCCAAGGUGGAGGCUGUGGUGGAGAAGCUGGGCCUUCCCUUUCAGGUGCUGGUGGCCACGCACGCCGGCUUGUACCGGAAGCCGGUGAUCGGCAUGUGGGACCAUCUGCGGGAGCAGGCCAACGAGGGCGUGCCCAUCUCCGUAGGGGACAGUGUCUUUGUGGGAGACGCAGCCGGACGCCCAGCCAACUGGGCCCCGGGGCGGAAGAAGAAAGACUUCUCUUGUGCGGACCGUCUGUUUGCCCUCAACCUUGGCUUGCCCUUCGCCACGCCGGAAGAGUUCUUCCUGAAGUGGCCCGUCGCCAGCUUUGUGCUCCCCACCUUUGACCCGAGAACCGUCUCCCCCUCGGGGCCGCUCUACCUCCCUGAGGCCAGCUCCCUCUUGAGUCACAGCCCUGAAGUGGUGGUCGCCGUGGGAUUUCCUGGGGCUGGCAAGACCACCUUCCUGCAGGAGCAUCUCGUGUCGGCUGGCUACGUCCACGUGAACCGGGACACCCUGGGCUCAUGGCAGCGCUGCGUGACCACGUGCGAGACCGCUCUAAAGCAAAGGAAACGGGUUGUGAUCGACAACACAAACCCGGACCCUCCCACCCGGGCCAGGUACAUUAAGUGCGCCCGGGACGCAGGGGUCCCUUGCCGCUGCUUCCUCUUCGGCGCCACGCUGGAGCAGGCGCGCCACAACAACCGGUUCCGAGAGAUGACGGGCUCCUCUCACGCCCCCGUGUCCGACGUCGUCAUGUUUGGCUACAGAAAGCAGUUCGAGGCCCCGACGCUGGCGGAAGGCUUCUCGGCCAUCCUGGAAAUCCCGUUCCGGCUGAAUGUGGAGCCUCCCCUCGAGCGGCUGUACCGCCAGUUCUCAGAGGGCUGAGCUGCCCCUGCCCCCCAACCCCCAAUAAAUGGUUUUCCUUUAA